AUGUUUGACUCAAAGGAUGGGCAUUUUUUAAACAACAGUAGCAGUUUACCUCUACUGCCCUCUUCUGCCACUGCCUCUCAAGUGACAGAAUUUAACCAAGCACUCCGGAAGGAGAAUCAGACGCUUCGAGAAGAGAAUCAAAUCCUUCGGCAGGAGAAUAGAGCUUUCCGUGUGGAAAACAAAGCCUAUCAUCAGGAGAACCAAAUUAUCCGAGGAGAGAACAAAGCCCUUUGGGAAGAAAAUAAAAUCUUACAGGAGAAGCACACAAACUCUUCAGAGGAACCAAAGCACCUUGAGAAACAGGAAAAGGCCCUCCGGCAGCAGAAUAAAGCCCUCCGAGAAGAGAUUAAAGCUCUCAAAGGACAAGAAAUAGCAUUUGCAAUGGAGGAAAAAGCUCUUCAGGAAGAGAUUAUAGCCCUAUGGGAGGAAAACAAGGCCUUCCAGGAGCAGAUCAAGGCUCUUCGAAAGGAUAAUAAGGCCGUUCAGGAAGAGGAGAAAGCCCUCCAUGAAGAAAAAAAUGCCCUCAGCGAAGAGAAAUUUGCCCUCCAAGAGGAGAACAGAGCCCUUCAAGUGGAGAAAAAAGCCCUACAAAGUGAAGGGAAAGCUCUUCAAGAAGAGAAUAAAGUGCUCCAUGAAUGGAAUAAGAUUCUUCAAGGAGAGGAAUAA